UCGCCUCUCUGUCAGACGCUCAGCAAUGGCAGCCACAGGUGUGUCGCCGUCGUGAAGUUUGUCCCUGCUCGGAUUCCAUCGCGCAGCUUUCCUCCCAAUAACAUCCAGUCUACUUCUGCUUUCUGAACUCCUGCACUGAUUUGAAUAUAUUAAAAUUCAUUAGCUCGUCUUGUCGCAUCAGCCGUGCCAGUCACGCUCGGAUUAUCCGGGGUUUACAGAGAGGCUCCUUCACUUUCAACCGAGUUUGAUGGAGUCGUUGCAGGUGUUCAACAGACGAGAACCUGGAGCCAAAUGAACAAAAGAGGCAUCGAGGCGACAGAGGAAUCUCCUCUCUUUAUGUCGGUCGGAUUUAUUCUGAGGAGACAACAAGUCCAGCUUGGAAAGAAAUGCGUAUAAAGGGACCUUUGCUGUGCUGCAGCUCUGAGAGCAUGAAGUGAUGGAGAAGCAAGAAGGAAGGCCUGCGGAUGAGCGAGUCCUCCAGGCUCCAGACAGAGGACUCGUGCAUGUCUGGCCUUCAGGGGGAGGAACCGAGCAGCUCUUCCCAGACAAAGUGUUGCUGUCCAGGCCUGUAGUGCAGGUUUCCCUGGGAGAACAUCAUGGCGUUCUCCUGGCACAGGGGGGUCAGGUAUUUUCAUUCGGGGAGCUUUCAUGGAGGGGUCUGAGCGUCCCAGUGUCUGCUCCCGUGCUGGAGGCCUCACUGCUGGGGAGAACAGUAGUCCAUGUGGCUGCUGGUGGCUUCCACUGCGGAGCGAUAAGCGAGCAGGGCAGCGUUUACAUGUGGGGGGAGAACACUGCAGGACAGUGCGGGCAGAACGACAGGGCCUCUGUCACAAAUAUCACAGUUUCUGAGCCCUGCCCUGUUGCCAUGGUGGACAGUGAGGUUGUCCCUCCUGUGGUUGUGCGCGUCGUGGGCCUCGCCUGUGGACGGGAGCACAGCCUGGCUCUGUCCGACCACAACGAGCUGUGGGCCUGGGGAAGCGGGUGCCAGCUUGGCCUGGUCACCAACAUCUUCCCUGUGUGGAAACCUCAGAAGGUUGAACAUCUGGCAGGGAGACAUGUGAUUCAGGUGGCGUGUGGUGCGUACCACAGCCUGGCUCUCGUUCGCAGUUUGCCUGCUCAGGACUUUAGCGCUCAGAGCACGCCGAAAACUAGGGAACGAGGCCGAUCCCCUCAGUGUCCGGUGGCAGACAGGGAAGAACUGGUUACAACCGAUGACGCUCACUACUGUCCGCUCGGAGUGGAGCUCUCAGAAGUCAUGAGAAGUGAGACUCCUUCCAGAAGACGGGUUUCCAGACAGCGGCUCCAUCCCGCUGGAAUGUCAUCUGGCAGCAGCCCCGGCUCCGGAGCCAGUUUAUCCUCAUUUUCUGAUGACAGCAGAUCUAACCCUAAACAGAGGAAUCUCCCCGCUUGCAGCCGGCUUGAGCCUGGGGAAAACAGGACAGAGUGCGUGUCGCAGACCGACGGCAGCCCAAAAGCGAACCCAGCGGCGGACUGGGCCGCCACCAAGGACUCUGCGUUUUCUGACGACCUGGAGCUUCAGAGUAUACUUGAAAAGCUUUCUGGUCAGACGUCGGAGUCGCAGGACGUCACGGCGACAGGAGAUACCGACUCAAUGAGCAGCCACACUGGAUCUGACGACAGCUACAUUUCCUCGACCCCUUCCUCGGACCUGUUGACUUCCAGUUACAAAGACGACUCGGCUUGUAAGAGACAGACAAACAACGGCAGGGCGUCUGGACCGCUCUCGUCCUCGCCAGUGUGCCUGGAAGAAAUUCGUCUUUGUCUGGAGAAGGAGAAGCAGGCGCUGCUCAGCUCCAGCCUCACAAAUAUACACCAGAAGGGGAACGCAGCAGCAGGCAGGAGACUCUCGCUUCCUGGAACCCCCACCCACGGGUCUCCUCGGAGACGACGCCCCUGUGCCUGCGGACCGGUCUCUGCCGGUCAGGCUCCGUCUGCAGGACCACUCGAGGCAGGAGACGAGCUGCCGUCUCUGGAGACAGAAGUCUGGAGCUGGGGCCGUGGAUCUGAGGGCCAACUGGGACACGGAGACCAGCUCGCCAGGCUGCAGCCGCUGUGCAUCAAGUCUUUGACAGGAAAGGAAGUGAUCAAAGUUGCUGCGGGGUCCCACCAUUCGCUGGCUCUCACAGCACAGUGUCAGGUCUAUUCAUGGGGAAGUAACAUGUGUGGGCAGCUUGGUCACCUCAACAGCCCCGUGACUCUACCUCAACAUGCAAAGCUCUCCGACGGCCUCCGUGUUUGGGACGUGUCGGCCGGCCAGAGCCACUCCCUCCUCCUGGCAGACGGCGACUGCGUCCAGCCGGUCCUGCUGUACUGCGGCCAGCAGAGCGAGAAACCACAGAGCCGAAGCUCGGGUCACAGCUCCCCCAGCCGGGCGGAGAGUUACGCGGUCAGACCCUCGCUGCUGCCCUUCUGCAUCGAGAUGAAUUACAUCAGCAGCGUGUGCAGCGGCGGUCAGACGUGCGCGGCGCUGACGGACCAAAACGUGAUGGGUUUUAUCGCAGCCAUCCACGAGCUGGCCUCCAGAGAGAGGCGGUUCUCCUGCUGGAUGAGCGACGUCAGGAAGGUCCUCAUCAGUCCGCUGCGUAAAAAGGAGGCUGCGUGUCAGAUGCUGGGUGAGCCGUGCACUCAGCUCUUCUUUGCACUUUGUGAGAGCUUUAUCCACCUGAGCAAGCUGGUCGGUCGUCACGCCACGUCACUCAGCUACUUCCUGCAAAACGCCCAGAGCCGUGAUGUCACUUCCUUUCCCCUGCUGACGCACACUGAGCUUUUCCUGGAGACGUACAAAAAGUUUUGUUCUGCAGUUGGCGACUUUGAAGUUAUGGGUGGAUUCCAGUCACUUCAUAAACUCUCACUGGAGUGCCUGGGCAGCCGUCAGGCCGUGCUCUCCCAGCUGCGUGGAUCCGACCAGCCUGUCGGCGGGGAGUUUGAUCUGGUUUCAAUGUUCUACCAGCCUCUGCAGCAGCUCCACCACUACAGCAGGCUGCUGCUCAAAAUGUCGGCGUGCUAUGACGUGCUAACUCUGGAGUAUCAGUCUCUGCAGCAGGGGUGUAGUCACUACGAAUCGCUCUCUUUGUCCCUCCUGAGGAAGAGGAAGCAGGCUGAAGCCACACAGCUUUUCUGGAAAACUCAUUCUGGCAAAGCAACAGAGAAUCUGCGUCUCCCGCAGCGGCGUCUGCUCUGUGAGAGCAGCAACAGAUCUCUGACGCCUCUGAGCGCCGGCCGGUUCUCCAACCACUGGUUCAUACUGUUCAACGACGUGCUGGUGCACACACAGGGAAGUCUUCCCUCUCAGAGCUUCUUCUCCACUCAUCACGUCUAUCCUCUCACCUGUUUGUGGGUGAAACCGAUUACUGAGGACCGCACCGGACUCUACGCCAUUAAAAUAAUAUGUCCGGAGGAGAGUUUCACACUGGUGGCCUCAACACCAGAGGAAAAGAACAAGUGGCUGCGGUCUCUGAACCAGGCGGUGGAUCAGGUGCUGGGCGGCGCAGCUCAGGGGUCUUCCCCGGGGGUCACGGCGGCCGUGUGCCGCACGGCUUCGUACAAGUUCGUGGCAGAUGAGCGAUUCAAAGACGCUCAGUACGCGGGAGGCUGGCUGGCAGGACGGGUCCACGGCAGAGGAACCAUGAAGUGGCCGGAUGGGCGCCUGUACAAGGGAAACUUCAAGAACGGACUGGAGGACGGUUAUGGAGAAUGUGUAAUACCAAACAAAGCGCAGGACAAACCCGACACUUACCAAGGACAGUGGAAGGAGGGAAGGAUCCAUGGUUUUGGCAAAUACAAGUACGGCAGCGGAGAGGUGUACGAGGGCUGCUUCUGUGACGGGCAGCGGCACGGCUACGGCAUGCUGAGCUCCGGCAAACUGGCCCGGACCACUUCAAGCGUCUUCAUCGGCCACUGGGUGCAAGACAAGAAGACCGGGUACGGCGUCCACGACGAUAUCAUGAGAGGAGAGAAGUACAUGGGCUUCUGGCUGGAUGACCAGCGCCACGGCAGCGGUGUGGUCGUCACCCAGUAUGGAGUUUAUUUUGAAGGGUCGUUCAAAGAAAACAAGAUGAGCGGUUCAGGCCUGUUGGUGUCAGACGACAACACAGUUUUCCAAGGGGAGUUUAGUGACGACUGGACCAUCAAUGGGAAGGGAGUUUUGACGCUAGCGAAUGGCGACUGUCUGGACGGCCUCUUCAGCGGAGAGUGGAGGACGGGUCUGAAGGUGGUGGGAACGUACGUCAAGCCAACCUUAGACGGAUACGAGGGCAAGGAGAAAAAUGACCUACCCUUGGGUCAGCAUGUGGUGCCGGCGGCUCAGAGGUGGAUCUGUGCGUUUGACGAGUGCUGGAGUCGACUCGGCUGCGACGCCAACGGCGGCGGCGGAGGGGACAGGACCGCGGCCUGGGAGAACAUCGCUGUUACCAUAACAGCGGCUCGGCGACAGAGCCCAGACCUCAGUAAAUCCCACACCAAAGUACUGGAGAGUUUGGAGUUCAUCCCUCAGUACGGGGAACCGGUCACCACCGCAAACUACGACAACAUAAGACGAUACCUCACUAAGGCGUGCGAGACCCCCCACCAUCCUCUGGGCUGGCUGGUGGAGACGCUGGUGACGGCCUACAGGAUGACGUACGUGGGAGUGGGAUCGAACCGCAGGCUGCUCCCACAGGCUGUCCAGGAGCUCCAGGCCUACCUCACACACUUCUACAGCGUCAUCAGAUUUCUGUUUCCGGGUUUACCGGACGAUGGCGGCGUCAUCCCAGACGCUCCGGACCCCGGUCCCUUUAAAAGCCGACGCAGCUCCAGCAGAGCGGAGCAGGGCGUUUUGGUGGUGAGCUGCUCGUCUCUGCUCCUCCCUCUGCUGCUGCCCCGACUCUACCCUCCUCUCUUCACCCUGUACUGUCUGCAGCAGGAGCAAGAGGAGGCGCUGUACUGGGAGCGCGUCCUCCGACUCAACAAGCAGCCCGACCAGUCGCUCCUCAGCUUCCUGGGAGUGCAGGAGAAGUUUUGGCCUCACUGGAUGUCCAUCCUGGGGGAGAAAAAACAGAUUGUUUCCAGCAGUAAAGAUGCCUGCUUCGUUUCUGCCGUCGAGACUCUCCAGCAAAUCAGCACCACGUUUACGCCGUCAGAUAAACUGAUGGUGAUCCAGAGGACGUUUGAGGAGCUCACGCUGGAGGUGAAGCCCCUGCUGGCCGGGGACUUCCUGUGGUGCAUGGACGACCUGUUCCCCCUCUUCCUCUACGUGGUGCUCCGAGCGAGGGUGAGGAACCUGGGAGCUGAAGUCUGCCUGAUUGAAGAUCUGAUGGAUCCCAACCUUCAGCAUGGAGAGAUGGGCUUGAUGUUCACAACACUGAAGGCCUGCUUCAUCCAGAUCCAACAGGAGUCGACCACGUAGGCGGCGGUCCCAGUACGUUGGGAAUAAAACUGGUUUCCUGCUGCUGGAAGCUGCUCCAACGCAGAGCAGAGAGAGGGCAGCGUUGUUACUCUACCUCUACGCCGGACGCCGCUGCCAGGCCACGCCCUCUCGCCGUGUUUGGCGCCGCAGAUUGAAGCAGCACAGCGCCCCCUGCUGUUGGAAAUGGUCGUACUGGUAACGCCUGUUCACGCGCAUCGACGUCCGCGGCACUUUGGGUCAAAAAAUGCUUGAUUGUAAUUGAAAGGUCAAAGCUCCUGUGUCAUAAUGAUGGAUCUUAACUUCCCCCCUGAAGAGAAAUUAACCUGAGAUGUUGUGAUUUCUGUAUUGUGUCGUUUAAUCAAUUUUUAUAUUUAUAUCCAAACGUGUGAGGGGGAAAAAAAAGGGAAACGACUGCAUCACUUUAAAAAAAAUUAGAUAUAUUUAUGCAAUCACUAAUGAAAUAAAUAUAAAUCAAAAUAAAUAUUUUUAUAGCACUGACAUUUUCCUGAAAGCAACCUGCAGCAUUUGAAAUAGUAGAUAUAAUGUCAAAGGCUACUUUAUGGGUACAAACCAACCCCACAUAGAUUAUUAUUAUUAGAGCAGUUACAUGUACUGGAAAGGGAGUAAACUAAUUUUUUUACCCCUAAUUUCCUUUUUUAUGACAGAAAAUGUAUUUAAAAAUAACAUUGAUGCAGAAAUGCAGCAGAUUUUUUUUAUUAAAUGUAAGCAUUUAAAAUAACAAGCAACAAAGCAGUUCAUAGAUCUCAUCGUCUUCUACUCAGAAUACGUCAGCACUCAAAUAUGAACUAAUAUAUAUAUGUAUAUAUGUUACUGUUUGUGCCAGAUCAUGGAGAUAACAUGUGUUGUGAAAUAAGUUUUGUAUUAAAAAGGGAUAUCGUGUAACUGCAACCCCCCAGGAGACUGCUG